AUGUUACGUGACUCUUUGAUUAGACAGCAAGUUGAUUCCCGACUAAUGAAUGAUUUCUAUGUCAGCAGGUACUAUAUGAAUUUUCUAUCUGAUUCUAAUAGAUUGUGUACACAGUCCUCCAAUGGAUCAACCUCGUCCCAUCCGAAAACUGAACUGAUCAACAAAAUAACCGUACUCCCAUACGAAAGAAUAUCUGCGAGCCAAUCUUGUGUUUCUACAAGCCACCAGAGUUUUGUCAAAGAAACUGCAAAUAAAAAUGUGGACGAGAACAAAGAAUCACAAAAUCAUAAUAAAGCUGAAAUUAAAGAUGCGAAUAAUUCAUCAAAUGUCGCCGGUUAUCACCAGGAUUUUAGUAAGUGCGUGUCAGAACAGAAUGUACAGAACUCUACAUUUUACACCCCGACCACUCCACACGGCAGUGUCCUCUGUUCGAACCUACCUUCUUUAAAUAAUUCAAAAAUGAUUUUACCUAAAGCUUACUGUUUGCCAAACAAUGCCACCGCUCCUUUAGCAUAUAUGCAAAAUUCAUACCAUGCAAAUUGUCUAACGACAGAAGGGAAUUUGCUUGGAAGUGCAUCGGUAUUCGUUCCUAACCUUGGAGCUAUUCUCAAUAGGUUCCGGACGCGGCGAACGUUAGAUAAUUAUGAUCCUGCUCAUAAAAAAUGCUCGAUGGAUGUUUUGCAGUACAUUUAUACAAAUUUUUUGGAUCAGACAUCGUGUGACGUCAUCGUUAGGACCAGAGAUGGCGACAUUAUGUGUCAUCAACUUGUUCUGGGGACUUACAGUCCCACAAUUGAUUCAUAUCUGAAAAAUUCAAAAAAAAAUCUUCAAAAUACACUUUUAAUAAAAAUCCAAGAUUGCUCCCUGGAGGCCGUAGCCGAUUCUUUAAACUUCUUGUACACGACAGACAUCCUACUCAACUGUUUGAACAUUGGUUUCAUUACCGAUGUUUCAACUCAGUUAGAUUUAACGCUUUUAUGCAGGUUGUGUAACGAUUACCUGGUUCAAACCGUUGAAAUCGACAACGCUUUUUUGCACUUGUCUGUAGCUUUAAACAACAAUUUCAUCGGGGCUAUCGAAAUUUUAAAAUUCAUAGCCUUGAAUUUUUACGACUUGAUUGAACACGAGCACCUCAUGAUCUUGCCGUAUGAUAAAUUUUUAACAAUCAUCACGCAUCCCAUGCUAUCAGCAAAAGAAAUAGAAGUGUUCCGAGCAGUUGUUAACUGGGUGAACUGUAAUAGGCCAGGCAGGAUCCAACACGCAAGGAGUUUGCUGGGGAUGAUCCGAUUCAAUCUCAUCGACCCUGGAGAACUUGUGUCAGAUGUUGAAAUGCAAGAUUGGAUAUUUACGGAUUCUAACUGCAAAAACAUAAUUUUAGAAGCCUACAAGUAUAUCAUUUUUAAAUAA